AUCCGCCCGCCUCGGCCUCCCAAAGUGCUGGGAUUACAGGCGUGAGCCAUCGCUCCCGGCCUCAGCAUAUUUUAUUAAUAGGAACUCUGGGGCCCAGUCUCAUUUCUUCCUUACCACUUGCAAGAGCCGCAGACGUUGGACUGUCCAACACCUGCUGUCAUUUUUCUGUCUCCCUCAUCCCUCUAAAGUGUCUGUUUCCAGCUAUCCUCAUCUUCCAUUCCAAAUGAUGGGUGCCCAGGCCCCAUCCCCUGGCAGGGAUUCAGACAUCGAGGCCCCAGCUGCGUCCUUUUCUCCAUCUCUUGCCCUUGGCUUCCUUUCAAAACGUCCUUCAGCCUCCACUGGAUAGGAACUAUCUCCCAACCCUGCCAAAAAUGGAAGAUACCCGUUUUCGUUUAGUCAGAGGGUAGCCAUCUUGCCCCUUCUCAUGCACUGGGCCCUCCUCCACCAGCCGAGGUGGAUGUCGGUCUUUUCUCUGUUGCAGAAACCCACCUUGUCCCAUCCACAUCAGGACAUCCCAGCUGGAGUUCAACCUUCAUCCCUUCUGUGGCAGUUAGGAGACUGAAUCCAGGUCCAGAGAAGGGCCUCCCUCUGCAUUUCCAGCUUUUAGAGCUGCUUCUGCCUUCCCUGGCUCCUGGCUUUCUCACAUCUUCAGAUUCCAAAGCGCAUCACUCCAGUCUGCUCUCGUCACCACAAGCUUUCUUCCCUUCUCCAGUCAGUCAAAUCCGUCUUCUAAGGAUACUGGUGAUCAUCUUUAGGGCUCACGCCUGUAGUCCUGGCACUUUGGGAGGACAAAGAGGGAGGAUCGCUUGAGCCCAGGAGUUGAAGACCAGGGCAACAGAAAAUCUUCCCAAGGCUGCAGACGCCGACGGAUUUGCUUUGGGAGCCAGAGUAGCUGCCGCCACCAGAGUCCGGAGCCAUGAGCGGGUUUAAUUUUGGAGGCACUGGGGCCCCUACAGGCGGGUUCACGUUUGGCACUGCAAAGACGGCAACAACCACACCUGCUACAGGGUUUUCUUUCUCCACCUCUGGCACUGGAGCGUUUAAUUUUGGGGCUCCCUUCCAACCAGCCACAAGUACCCCUUCCACCGGCCUGUUCUCACUCGCCACCCAGACUCCGGCCACACAGACGACAGGCUUCACUUUUGGAACAGCAACUCUUGCUUCGGGGGGAACUGGAUUUUCUUUGGGGAUCGGUGCUUCAAAGCUCAACUUGAGCAACACAGCUGCCACCCCAGCCAUGGCAAACCCCAGCGGCUUUGGGCUGGGCAGCAGCAACCUCACUAAUGCCAUAUCGAGCACCGUCACCUCCAGCCAGGGCACAGCACCCACCGGCUUUGUGUUUGGCCCCUCCACCACCUCUGUGGCUCCAGCUACCACAUCUGGAGGCUUCUCAUUCACUGGUGGAAGCACGGCCCAACCCUCCAGUUUCAACAUUGGCUCAGCAGGGAAUUCAGCCCAGCCCACGGCACCUGCCGCGUUGCCCUUCACUCCGGCCACGCCAGCAGCCACCACAGCAGGUGCCACACAGCCAGCUGCUCCCACACCCACAGCCACCACCACCAGUACUGGGCCCAGCCUCUUUGCGUCAAUAGCAACUGCUCCAACCUCAUCUGCCACCACUGGACUCUCCCUCUGUACCCCUGCGACCACAGCGGGCGCCCCCACUGCUGGGACACAGGGCUUCAGCUUAAAGGCACCUGGAGCAGCUUCCGGCACCUCCACAACAACAUCCACCGCUGCCACCGCCACCGCCACCACCACCACCAGCAGCAGCACCACCGGCUUUGCCUUGAAUUUAAAACCACUGGUGCCAGCUGGGAUCCCCAGCAAUACAGCAGCUGCCGUGACCGCUCCACCUGGCCCUGGCGCAGCUGCAGGAGCGGCUGCCAGCUCCGCCAUGACCUACGCGCAGCUGGAGAGCCUGAUCAACAAAUGGAGCCUGGAGCUAGAGGACCAGGAGCGGCACUUCCUCCAGCAGGCCACCCAGGUCAACGCUUGGGACCGCACGCUGAUCGAGAAUGGAGAGAAGAUCACCAGCCUGCACCGCGAGGUGGAGAAGGUGAAGCUGGACCAGAAGAGGCUGGACCAGGAGCUCGACUUUAUCCUGUCCCAGCAGAAGGAGCUGGAAGACCUGCUGAGCCCACUGGAGGAGUUGGUCAAGGAGCAGAGCGGGACCAUCUACCUGCAGCACGCGGAUGAGGAGCGUGAGAAAACCUACAAGCUGGCUGAGAACAUCGACGCACAGCUCAAGCGCAUGGCCCAGGAUCUCAAGGACAUCAUCGAGCACCUGAACACGUCCGGGGCCCCCGCCGACACCAGUGACCCACUGCAGCAGAUCUGCAAGAUCCUCAACGCGCACAUGGACUCACUGCAGUGGAUUGACCAGAACUCGGCCCUGCUGCAGAGGAAGGUGGAGGAGGUGACCAAGGUGUGCGAGGGCCGGCGCAAGGAGCAGGAGCGCAGCUUCCGGAUCACCUUUGACUGAGCGACAGCAGCCCUGGGGCCCACAGGUCCCUAGGGAGUUCAUGAGGGGAAUGCGCCCUGUUGUCUAUAGUUUGGGGUUGUGGCAAGAUACUUGUUUGUUUCUUUCUUUCACAUGACUGCCCUUGACAUGAUCGCUGUGUGCUUUGCAUUUUUCCAUUUAGGAGGGUAUUCUGGGCCUUCUGCCCAGGCAGCAGCCUCAUGGGUGUGGCUUCUGUGGCUUUCAUUUGAGUGUCUUUGGCCCCUUUUCACCUACUGCGACCACCCACCUCAUCCUGGCUCAGCCUGGUGAUGGAGAAGUGCUGAUGGUCUUGGUCCCAGCCAGGGUCGUGGGGGCAGCCACUCUCUCCAAAGCAUAGUCAUAGGUGUCAUGAAAAAAUACCAAAUGUAAGAGAACCUCCAAGUCAGGGUGCAGUGGCUCACCCCUGUAAUCUCAGCACUGUGGGUGGCCAAGGCGGGCAGAUCACUUGAGGUCAGGAGUUCGAGACCAGCCUGGCCAACAUGGUGAAACCCCAUCUCUACUAAAAAUACAAAAAUUAGUCAGGUGUGGUGGACGCCUGUGAUCUCAAUCUCAGCUACUCGGGAGGCUGAGGCAGGAGAAUCACUUGAACCCAGGAGGUGUUGCAGUGAAGCAAGAUCACACCACUGCACUCCAGCCUAGGCAACAGAGACUCCGUCUCAAAAAAAAAAAAAAACUCCCAGGAGACAGCAGCCUAGUUUUCGAGUAUGAGCUGUGUGCUUGUGAAAGCUAACCAUGCUAACCGCCAAGGCAAAGCAGCACAGUGUGAAUAGAACAGAGCGGGAUCAAGAAUUUCACAGAAGACAGGUCAGCUGAGGGGCCUACACACACAGGGUGUUGAGGAACCACAGACGGGCGCUGAGAGGCCUGCCUUUUGCCUGGCCCAGGCUCACCCCCACCUUGGGCCUCACCUCCUCCAGGAAGCCUUCCCAGCUACCCGAAGCUCAGGUGGCCUUCUUGCAGGUCCCCGUAGCACCCUGAGCCUGUACCUUGGGUGGCACUUGCUAUGCUAUCCUGUGCUAGCCGUUUGUGCCUCGUCUCACUGUUAGAUUGUGAGCUCCCAUGGGCUCACAAUGACCCACUGUCAUUCCCCGUGUGUCCCCAGCCUGGUCCCUGUCACAUUUGUUAAAUGAAAGAACAAUGAAGCCCAGUAUAACGUCAGUCCACAGAAAUAGCCACAGCUUCCAGUAGUGGCCGUAGACUUGGCUCAGAACUUCGUGGCACCAGAGUGAUUCUAGUCAGUUACAGUAAAAUCCACUGUGUGUGGAAGGCAGAAGCCAGCAGUUAUAUCCCAAGCAUCUUUUGUAUUUGUCUUUAUACUUUGCUGAAUUCUCUGAAAUACCUAUUACCAUAUGUUGCUUUUCUAAAUAAAUGUAUUGUGAAACCAAAA